UGCGUGGCACAGCCACAGAUGCCGAAACCACACUCCACAGUCAUGAAAGUUAACCCACUGCAUCUGCAGACUGCACUGUGUCCGGGUAUACAUUUGACAUGUCAAGAACAGUUGGUGACAGAGUGGUCCACACAAACUCUUUUACACAAGAUGUUAAGAAAAAUUGGACAAACAAGUUGCAAAGUAUAGAAAUGGGAAAAGAUUUCCGUGUUAAUAUUGGCGAUGUUAUCCAAGACAAUGGUGGCACCAGGUGGCAGCUGCUUUCCAUCAGAGGUCAAGGCACGUGCUGUUGUUUGUAUAAGGCACAAUGUAUUGGUGAUCCAAGGAGUGUGGUGGCUGUAAAAGUCUUUAGGCCAGGAGAUAACUUUGCACUGGCAUGUGAAAAAGAAUGGGAUAUACUACAGAUUCCUACAAUGCAGCAGUGCAGACAAAGUGUGCGAGUGUUGGACCGGUUCACGUGGAACGGUCACCCGUGUCUCAUGGAGGAGCUCCUGGAUGCCAGCGUUAAGGAGACGAUGCACCAGGCGCCCGGUGGCCGGCUGCCGCUCUUCACAAUCCAGCUGUUUCUGCGCAACCUGCUAGGGGUCCUAGAGCACCUGCACAGUGCCGGCAUUGUACAUGGCGACAUCAAACCAGCCAAUCUGCUGUGGUCCCCAGAACAAGGUGCUCUCAAACUCAUCGAUUUCGGGCUUUCCUUCUUCGACCAUAGACCUGACAUGAGAUACCUGCAGAGUCCUGGCUACAGGUCACCCGAGACGACCACCUGGAACAACUCUCACGCGCAGCAGGGAGAGGCCUGCUCUGCUACCCUCUGGUCGGCAGCAGACAUAUGGUCCGUCGGGUGCAUCGCCAUGGAGAUCGUCAGUGGAGAGAAGCUGUUUUCAAGUAAACGGGGCGACGCAGAGCCAACCGUCUGCCCCAGCUGUCAGGGUUCACCCACCGCUCGUUGCCAAUACAAUCAACUAAUCGACCAGUGGUUUGAUAGAUUGGCUCCAACUGUGAUAGGUCCUGCACCAAGUUAUUAUGAUUACGUACUAUUUUCCGAGUUAAAAGAUUUUAUAUCCAGAUGUCUUGUCUGUCACUCUAGUCAGAGGGAUUCAGCUAGCCAGCUACGCCAGCAUUCUCUGCUGAACAGGCUGAUAGUGCCUUCUAUCCAUGACAUGAUGCUGCUUCCUUCGCCCAUCCUCAGGCUGGAAAAUGUUGCAGAUGAUAUAGAUCUGGAUAAUCCUGCUUAUAGAGAAGGUAUCAAGUUUAGUAUAUUGGAAAUAUGUGCUAGCUUCGGACCAGUUGUUACAUGCCUGCUGCCAACCUUGGAGCCUGUAAGGGGAAGGGUGUACGUGGAAUUCCAGAGGAGCGAAGAUUGCACGAGGGCUGUCAGAAAGCUACCAGGAAUGACAUUCAACAACAGGACACUUGUCACUGCAUAUCUGCCGUUAAGUCUAUGGGCAUGCAGGCAGUUGCUGUAAUGUAUGUACAUCAAUGGCACACCGAGAUGGGCAAAGUACUGCUGAUGACAUGAAGAUUGGAAUCACAAUAUCUAAGUGAGUGGUAUCCACUUACUUUCCAAUGAGCUUUUCAACAGUUAUCGUUUCUACUUUGACUGCUUCCCGAAAGUAGUGAACCCUCAUUAGUACAGUACUUCAGGGAUGAGAUAUUUUAUUUACAGAGUGGCAAAUGUGAGCGGCUCUACAGCUUACAAUCAUUAUGACAGGAACGUUCUUAUACCGGGACAGAUGUGAACCGAGAGCUCUUUCAACUCUCUGUUGCUAUACUCAGGUAUAUAGUGUUUUCCUUUUUUUAACCUAUCUCUGAUUAUGAAUUUCCAGCAGGUAGUGUUCGUCAUUGUUAUUGCUUUAUGCUUUCAUUGCUUGUGUUUUUAUAUCAACCAUCUAUCGGUACAGUGGCAUAGAAGGCGAAAUAUCAAUAAACGUGCUGUUUGUUUGCUGUACUACUUUAAUGUAGUGGUGUGGAUGCACAUAUCCUAGUUAUCAUUGGGUGAACAUUUUCACC